GAGGCGGCGGCAAAAUGGCGGCGCCUGAGGAGCGGGAUCUAACCCAGGAGCAGACAGAAAAGCUGCUACAGUUUCAGGAUCUGACUGGCAUAGAGUCUAUGGAUCAAUGUCGCCAUACUUUGGAACAGCAUAACUGGAACAUAGAGGCUGCUGUACAAGACAGAUUAAAUGAGCAAGAGGGUGUACCAAGUGUUUUCAACCCACCUCCUUCGAGACCUCUCCAGGUUAAUACAGCAGAUCACAGGAUCUACAGCUAUGUUGUCUCAAGACCACAACCAAGGGGGCUGCUUGGAUGGGGUUAUUACUUGAUAAUGCUUCCAUUCCGGUUCACCUAUUACACGAUACUUGAUAUAUUUCGGUUUGCUCUGCGUUUUAUACGGCCUGACCCUCGCAGCCGGGUCACUGACCCCGUUGGGGACAUUGUUUCAUUUAUGCAUUCUUUUGAAGAGAAAUAUGGGCGGGCACACCCUGUCUUCUACCAGGGAACGUACAGCCAGGCACUUAAUGAUGCCAAGCGGGAGCUGCGCUUCCUUUUGGUUUAUCUUCACGGCGAUGACCACCAGGACUCUGACGAGUUCUGUCGCAACACCCUCUGUGCGCCAGACGUGAUUUCACUCAUUAACACGAGGAUGCUCUUCUGGGCGUGUUCCACAAACAAACCUGAGGGAUAUAGGGUGUCCCAGGCUUUGCGAGAGAACACAUAUCCAUUCCUGGCCAUGAUUAUGCUGAAGGACCGGAGAAUGACUGUUGUGGGACGAUUGGAAGGCCUGAUUCAACCCGAUGACCUCAUUAACCAACUGACAUUUAUCAUGGACGCAAACCAGACUUACUUGGUGUCAGAACGCCUAGAGAGGGAAGAAAGAAACCAGACGCAGGUGCUGAGACAGCAGCAGGACGAGGCCUACCUGGCCUCCCUCAGGGCUGACCAGGAGAAAGAAAGGAAGAAACGGGAGGAGCGCGAGCGCAGGCGGCGCAAGGAAGAGGAGGUGCAGCAGCAAAAGUUGGCAGAGGAGAGACGGCGACAGAAUUUACAGGAGGAAAAGGAAAAGAAGUUGGAGUGCUUGCCCCCUGAGCCUUCCCCUGAUGACCCUGACAGUGUCAAGAUCGUUUUCAAAUUGCCCAAUGAUUCUCGAGUAGAGAGACGAUUCCACUUUUCACAGUCGCUAACAGUCAUCCACGACUUCUUAUUCUCUUUGAAGGAAAGCCCAGAGAAGUUUCAGAUCGAAGCCAACUUCCCCCGGAGGGUGCUGCCCUGCCUCCCCUCCGAGGAGUGGCCCAACCCCCCCACGCUGCAGGAGGCAGGACUAAGCCACACAGAAGUCCUCUUUGUUCAGGACCUAACAGACGAAUGACACUUUCUCUUCCUCCCCUCCCACCCCAGCCCUGAAAAGAAAUGGAAAAACAAAAAGAGAAAUUCAUAUUAUUAUUAUUAUUAUAAUACAAUAUUUUUUUUAAAAGACUGCUGCAUCCUAAGGAAGGAUCAGAAACCAUGCUGCCUGCAAGAGUCACAACCUAUGUGUGUGCGAGAGAGGUUAGCACCCAACGGACCGCUCAGCAGGCCCCCGCCCAUCCUGCCUCUGCACCACGCACCCGCCACCAAAAGGAGACUCUUCACCUGCCACCACCCAUUGUCAGGGGAGGGGUGUUCCCACCGAUUACAUUCUUUCUUAGGGUUAUGGGAAGUAAAACUGAGAAACCUCCACAAACCAGCUACUGCAGCAUCUCCCGAGGACUGGCUUCUCCUGCCUCUGGAGAAGGAAGAAGAGAAAGGACCGAACAAGGGGUUCCUGAACUUCCCACGGUUUAUAACUAACUUUUCAUUUUUAUCAGUUGCUUUAUAAUGACCAAAGGAAUAAGGCUGACAUAGGUGGGGUUUUGUUUGUUUUUUCUUAACUUUAUUUGAUAAAGAGUCAUUUCUCGAGCCCACGAGGUCACGCCCUGGCUCCUUGGCCCCACAAGUGUAAUAAAGGUGCCUGGGCUGGUGUGCGCUUCUUUCUGCCAUCGUCCCUCUCAAGUUCCCAGAGAGACCCUGUUUUUGGUCCAAAUCUUGCUAGUCUUGCUCGCCACCUGUGGGCUUAGAGCCACACCUGUAUGGAUGCACUUCGUGUUCACACACCUUGACCUGCAGCUCUUCCUGGGAUCUGUGCUAGGCGUUUAUUACGGGUGUGAGCUGGAGGACAGCAGCUCUCCGUUUCGCUUCUGACGGGGUAUCUGCUUCACCCCACCGCCCAGCCCUCAGCUCUCCAGAAUUGCCAAGCUGGCUGCUUUUCCAAAGGACCAGCAGGACCAUGGGAGAGUGCCCUGCCUGUGCCAGUGGAAGUGUGUGUAUGUGUGUGUGUUUUCCCUUUAACGAUGGAAAGACCCAGGGGCCUUGAAGGGAGCCACAGCAGGACUCUGAGCCGGUAUGAACUGUUGGAAGGCACGCUUUCGUUUCUGAACAGGCCCCUCCCCCCCAUUACUGCGUUGAAGUGAUAGAGAUUUUAGCCUCGGUUGCUCAUCUGUGGUUGAGUUUAUGGCAAUGGGUACAUGGGUCAGGCCAUGUAUUGACAGGUGCCAGUGUGAACUGACAAGGAUUCCAAAGUGUUCUCUAACUAGACUGGUGCAGACCUGUUGUGUCACUGCAACCUGCUGAAGUUACUGUCGUCUUAGCUCGCUGUGAGGCCAAGGUGUCAGGUAGAGGGAGAGCAUAAAUGGUUAGAUUGACAGCCCCCAAAGGCUCUCAUGUCAGUGGAGCCCAAGAACAGCUCUCGGAGGCCGCAGUUGUUCUGUGCAGCCUUGACUGGGAAAAUACCGUGGGCCGGGAUGAGGGUUUCAGGGGUUUUCCAGGAGAGCUGGGAGAAUUCCCCAGCAAGCCAGCAGCAGUGUCUGGCGCUCCAUCUCUGGGAAAUUGGAGCUGCUCUUGGCUGCCCGUUCUUCCCCUUGCUCCUUGCUAUCCUUAGGCCAGAUGAGUGGAAAGUUGCUCUCCGGCUGUUGUCAAAAGCGUAUGUGGAGUGACUUAGCAGGAUAUAAACCCUUCUCCACUUAACCCUCUGUGAACUCUGCUUCCCGCUGACAACUACAAAAAGAGGGAUUUUCCUACUCAGCUCAGAGUGCGUCCCCCUGACUGGAAUUCCCGGUUGUCUCCCUGGAAGUGCCCAGGAGGAGAGUAAGGAUCCCUGUUCUCUUGAAAGGCAGUGUUCUCCAUCAGCUUCCUGCCCACACCUCUUUGGGGAAGUCAGCAUAGCUUCUUUUCCCUCCUUAAACGGAGCUGCAUCUUAUUGUACAAUGUGCACUUUAUGCCUCUUGCCUUUUGACAGCAGCGGUGGUUCAGUAAAGGAGGUCAGUGGUCUCUGCUGACGUCAGUGCGGCUUUGGGGGCUCGCUCCAUUUGCUUUAGGUCGCUAGAGGCUUCACUUGGAGCGUGCAUGUGCCUCCCAGCCCAUUCUGAAACAUUCCUACCUGACUUGUGGACCCUAGUGCUGCUGGGGAGGAUCCGUCUUCUCACUCGGAGGGGGAGCGGGAAAGGAAGGUGCUGUCCGGCAAUGCCAGUACCACCUGUGUGCGCCCAGGAACCUGGAGGGGGCAAACUCGGAGGAGCUGGUGGUCUCUGGGUGAACGGUGCCCCUUGUUCCUGAAUCACCUUGGGCACAUUCACUUGGUGGUCUCUUUCUACAUGCCCAAGGCUGACAUCAGUGCACAGCCGUGGAAAAUGACCAAGUCAAGACACCUUGUUGGAGUUGGUUGCAUUUUUUUGCAGCCUCUGUGGGACCCAGCUGGUCUUUCUACCAAAUUUCCUUGAGCAAUUUUUCCCCCUUGCUUGCUUCUGCAGUGCUAUUUGGAUACACGGUCCUAAAAAGCGAAAAAGAACCUGGGAUCUUCAACUGAGCAGUCAUUAUACAAUUGCUAAUGGUGCCAAGGCCAAGGCAUGUGUUUCCGGAAAGGGAUUUUGGGCAGGAGCAGUGACCCGCCCCACCUUCCGGAGUGUCAAGUCGGGAAGAGUGUCUGGUGCUUGAAUAGGAGGGCGCCUGAGGACCACAGCAAAGGGAAGUCCAUCCACGAGGGAUGCAGUGACCAACCCGAACUGCACCUGACUAGUUCUGCGAUCAUUUAGGGAAGAAAGCUAGUGUACUUUAAAUUGUUUUCAUAAACGUUUACAUUGUAUUGUAGGUUGGCAUUAAAUGUUUUGUAACAAA